AUGCCCAAUACAAAUCCGGACAUCGAAGAGUUAGACAUGGAAUUGUCGGAUGUCAAAGGGGUAACCAGCCCUCCUGCUGGCCACCUGCUCCCGGCCAAUUGGUCCUUGCGCGCGAUAUACGUCCGGCACAAACUCUACGCAAGAGUCCAGUACGCUGCCGACAGCCACAGACCCGCCGAAGAAGCCCCCACCUACAGGAUGGUCGACACGGACUCAUAUCUGGCCCCAUUCCAGCUCGGUGUUUCCCAAUUGACGCAAUUCGACUUCGCUUCAUUCAAACGUUGGGUCAUGCGUCAGUCCAUGCAACAGGCUGGGGCAAGCAUGCCUCAGCGGCCAAAUCCAAUACUGCCGAGGGUCUCGAGUCUGUCGGCCUGGAACUAUUAA